GCUGGCACCCGGGGCAGCAGCCAGUGCAGCUGCAGCCAUGCCAUGCUGCACCUUAACCCUCCUUCUCCUCCUGGUGGGACCAUCCCAGUGGGGCCAGGGGCACUGCAUGGCCACUCCGGAGCCCCCAGGCAGAGCCAUGUUCCUCCACAGUCCCACAGCCUCGCUCUCCAUCCCACAGAACAUGUUGACCUUCCCAGAGCACGGACACAGUCUCCAGCGGCAAAAGAGGGACUGGGUCAUUCCCCCCAUCAACUGCCCUGAGAAUGAGCGGGGGCCCUUCCCCAAGAAGCUGGUGCAGAUCAAAUCCAACAAGGACAAGGAGACCAAGGUUUUCUACAGCAUCACGGGGCAGGGAGCAGACACCAUCCCUGUGGGCGUCUUCAUCAUCGAGCGGGAGACAGGGUGGCUGGAGGUGACGAAGCCUCUGGACCGGGAGGAGAAGGAUAAGUACAUACUCUACUCCCACGCCGUGUCGGCCAAUGGGCAGCCUGUGGAGGACCCCAUGGAGAUCAUCAUCACCGUCACUGACCAGAACGACAACUCGCCUGUCUUCUCCCAGGCAGCUUUCCAUGGCUCUGUGCGAGAGGGAGCUGAGCUAGGCACGCCAGUGCUGCGGGUGCUGGCCACUGAUGCAGACGAUGCUGUGAGCUCCAACAACGGAGUCGUGGCCUAUUCCAUCCUGAGCCAGGCACCAGAUCAGCCCCAGCCCCACAUGUUCACCAUAGACAGCAACUCUGGGCUGAUCUCCGUGGCUGCGACGGGACUGGUGGCAGAGGCGGUCCCUGAAUAUACGCUGGAGAUCCAGGCAGCUGACAUGGGGGGACAUGGGCUGCAAGCCACCACCACAGCCCACAUCACAGUGCAGGCUGACAGCAUGUCCCACAUGGGGAACGGCUCCCUGACCACCCACGUACUGAACAUGGUCACAGGGCUGCCGGCAGCCGGCCUUUUCAUCCGCCUGGACCAGCUGGUGGAGCCCGGGCUGCAGUGGAGGGAGCUGGCACAGAGGCACACGGACAUGGAUGGGCGCUGCCCGCCCCUCCUGGCAGCAGGACAGGCCAAGGCCGGCACCUACAAGCUGCGCUUUGAGACAGCACCAUAUUGGCAGGGGCUGGGGCACAACAGCUUCCACCCCUAUGUGGAGGUCGUCUUCACCAUUACUGACCCGGCACAGAAGCUUCAUGUCCCACUGCUGAUCAGCCCCUACUCCUACACAACGUACCGGGGCAGUUAGGGGGGCACAGCCUCCCCUCAGGGAUGGAGGAAUGAUGCCAUUAAAGGCUCCAA